AUGUUUAGCGACCGGUUCCAGGGAAAAUUAAUGACAGUGUUUUAUAGUGUUGGCAGUAAGCCUUUGGCAAUUUGGAAAAUAGAAUCGAAAGAAGGCGAUAUCAGAACCGUCCAAGACGAACAUCUCAAAUCAAACGUUCUACAAAUAUUGUCUAAUAAUGUUACCACAUGUUCUAUAAGCACACCACCUGAUUCUGCCGCUUCCCUAGGUAUUCGUUUACCAUUUAUAGUGUUGCUUAUGAAAAACCUCAACAGAUACUUUACGUUUGAAAUAACGGUUUUGGAUAACGUUAACGUCCGCCGCCGUUUCCGAGUCAGCAACUACCAGUCUGCCACCAGAGUGAGCAUGUAUAUGUGCACUAUGCCUCUGUGUCUCAACAACGAUUGGAACCAAAUACAGUUCAACUUGGCCAACUUCACUGAGCGCACGUUUAACACCACGUACGUGGAGACCGUUCGGAUUCAGGUGCACGCCAACUGUAGGGUGCGAAGGAUAUACUUUUGCAAUCAGCUGUAUCCGGAUGAACAACUGCCGUUCGAUUACAGGAUGUUCAGUACUAAACCCCUCCGAGAAAAACCAAAAAGCAUGUUAGUGAAAAAAGUUAAAAAAGUCAAGUCCUAA